GUACCUAUUCAAUCAUUUCAAUGGCGGGGCAAGUUUGCAAUAUCACCAGCUGACCAUCGGAGGCUAACAAGGCUGAAGGUAUUGCUAGUAGUAAUUUUUACUACCUAGGUACCUACGUAGUAGAAAGAGUUCCCUAAGGUUUUAACCUUCAACGAACUGUUUUGCGUAUCAAGGCCAGUGUGGCACAGGUGCCAAGGCGCCCGGGCCCAGUGCAUUGGGACGAUCUCAACACCUGAAACUGUAGGUACCUAAGCAGCUAAAGUAACCUCAAUUAGGCGGCAAUCAAGCUACCCUAAGGUUAGGUACCUAUAUAUGUAACCUUAGGUAGAUAGAUACAUACAUCAUGGAUGUAUCUUACAGGAUGUAUCUUACAUCAGUUACAUACAUGUGCUGGACAGGUAGUUACUACUAGUAGUACGCGAGAUCGGAAGUGCGACAUAACUGUCCCCAGCCAUCAGUUCAAAUCAUCUCUUUUCAAAUCAUCUCUUUUAAUACAUGCCUGCUACCACUCUCAUCCACUUCAAACUAAUUCAACAACUGUACAAAUAAUCUAUCACUACCGCGCUGGCGAUACCGUGGGCUUAUACACCGACAGCUGAGAAAAAAGGGGGUAGAGCAAUCAAUAAACGGCCAGAAGCAUAACCAGAAGCAUAACAACAACUUAAGGAGCAUUGAGUUUUAAACACCGUCCAAGCAUUUAUAUAUGUGUUUUUAUUCCCCCCUUUUCUCUUACGCGGCUUGUUGAUAGGUGCCUAUAUAUGUAGCCGUUCAUUAGGUAGUUCAACUGACUCCGUAUGUAUGUAGCGCCAAGUCUGUGGGCACAUACCUACUACAUGUAGUAGGUACAGCCACUUGAACCGGUCAGUCGGUACAUGAACUGAAAAGACAUGUCAGAUUUCGCCC